AUGGAAACAGGAGACGCUUCUCGAGGCGCCGCCUCUCUGCGAGGCCUAGCCUCCAGGAGAGCUUCUGGAGGCUCCUUCUUGCGCGCAGCCACAGGGGCAGCUGCAGAUCCGUACGCUCCUGCAGUGCUGCCCGAUGGAGUGCCUCUUGUUCUUCGCUCCUGCAAGGGCGCUGCUCCCCAGGGAGCACAAGACACAGCAACCCGCAGGUCCACCACCGCCGCCUUCAAAGCCUUCUCCGCCGUCAAGGAUUUCAGCAGACUCACCUGUCUGAUAUUUCCGGAGGAAGCGGCGAACGCCUUUUGCAGGAUGGGCUACGCACGGGUGCAGUUGCUGCUGGCAUACGUGCUGCCGGAGGUGCUCGACGAGGAGUGGCUGCCCGAUGAAGACAUCUCGAAGCCUCUUGAGGGGGAGGAAGCCUCCAAGGGGCCUCCUCUGCACGUACCUUACAGGCCAUAUGUGGUUGUCAGCCUGAACGGGCAGGACGUUUAUCGGAGCGCUGUGCUGCACUGCAAGCCUGUCGCCUCGGGGGAUUCCACCCUGGAUACUGCCUUGCUGAGAGGACUGUGGGAUGAGAGGAUUGAGUUGCAGGUGCACCAGCCUUAUAGCUUGUUGCGAGUGGCGCUCUAUGACAGAGAUAUUUCCACUGCGUUCCUCGGGAGCGACGAGUUGCUGGGCUCCUUGGACUUCCAGCUGCACCUCCUCAUGCCAAGACGCAUCUACGAUAUCACGGCGGUGUUUGUUCCGUUUGCUGUACUCGACGAGGAAGCCCUCUCCGGAAAGGAAGAGGCUAUUGCGCUGCUGCAAGGCACGCGGCAGCUGCACCCCUCCGUGGAUACCCGGGCCUUGCUGAAGGAAUCUCUUUGCGCUGUUUGUGGAGCAGACAGCAGCUGUUGCAAACACGGCGGCAGCAGCAGCAGCGGCGGCGAUACAGACGGCGCUCUUUAUACUGCAGAGCUCGACAGCGACGCAAUCACGUGCAGCGCUCAGCAGCUAGUGCAGCAGGGGGACCUCGGAGGCUGCAGGAUGCGUCUGCUGCUCCAGCUGCUGCCUCACAGGAACGCCGACAGCGGGAAGAUUCACACUCUCGACGAGCUUGCUGCCCUGCUUAUUCCUACUCCUCGGGAAGCUCAAGAAUCCGUGCUUUCGCCUCUGAAUUUUCCCUUGCUCUGGGCCGACCUUCAAGAUGCACACAGAAAACUGACAGAGGGGGCCUUGGGUGUGCUUGCUACAGGGCUAUACGACGCGCUGUAUUGGGAACGGCCGGUUUUAAGCAUCGCUUCGCUCUUGACAUUUGUGUUCCUUUGGCUGCACCCCCAGUUCUUCCCGGCGGCCUUCUUAUUUUUGCUGGGCAUGUUGCUGCUCAUCGUUUCCUUCAUCCAGAUGCCACCCCCACCCAGCGGGACCGAGGGAGGCCUUAGAUCUGAGGGUGCAGAAGCAGCAGAUGCUUCACGUGGCGUUGGCAGCUCGGUAGGAGGCGGCACAGGGGCCUCGAAUGGGAAGAAGGCCAGCCGCCCCGGAUCUCUAAAGGCUUUCGAGACUGCUGAAUCCAAGGACUGCUCCGAGGCCUCGCUGCUACGCUCUCUCCUUUCUGCAGCGGUUCCCGCACCGAUGCAGUUGAGAAUCAGAAAGUUUCAUAUUGUAGGAGCUUUGUGGGUGCUGGGAGCCUGGGCUGCCGUGGAGCCUUUGGAGGCCUGCAGCGUUGCUCGCUACCUCCUGCUGGCAACAGGUUAG